UCAGUUGUCGACUACAUGUCCGGACGAUUGGUCGGCGUAAUGAUCGCGCUAUUCUGUGUGCUGAUCGUUCUCGGCUUAUGUCGCUGUGAUGAACUCCCGUCGAGACACGAGGUCGAGAGUUCGAUCAAUCGGACGGUCGACGAGGUCGAAAGGUUGAUUCAACAGGACCCGAGUCUGCCUCGCCUCAGCAGGCAUGAGAUCGUCGAUAUUCUCUUCAACAUCACGUCUAAAGAUGUCGAGGCGUACAAGAAUAAGGAGUCGGUCGAGCAGGCGAGGAGGAUCUAUCAGAAGGCGUUGAUGGUCGUGUUGCCUUACAACGCGCAAGACGCGAAGGAGAACAUCAAGGAAUUGUACACGAGGCCGCCGAUAGUGAAGCUAAUCGCGGAUCCUUCCUUCAGUCCGCAGGACCUCGAGAAAUGGAGAAACGAGAUGCUACUGCAGCCGUCGCCGUCGACGAGCACGUCCACGUCGACGUCCACGAGCCCUUCGACGUCCACGUCGACGAGCACGCAGGGGACGCCGCGCGACAAGCAGCCUCUCGAGAAUCUCGUGGUGACGCACGCGGUGGAGAAGACUCCGCCGAAGGAGAGCCCGCACACGAAAACGCGAUACAAAAACCACAAGGACACGUACUCGGAGGUGCAGACGAAGGUGUCGCUGAAGGAGACCCUCAAGUACGACUCGGCGCCGAUCAAGUUCAGCUUCAAUCUGGAGAACCUGCAGAAGCAGUCGACGGCCACGGAGAAACCGGCUUCGAAGGGACCGGUGUAUCAAACGUCCUCCUCGGGCAAGGACGAGAACGUUUACAUCGUGUACAGCACGAGCGCGGCGACCGAGCAGACGAACUACCGGGGUGUCUCGCAGGGAUUCGAUCCACGUACGACGUCCCGUCCCCCCAGUCAUCAGCUGAACAUCCUGUCUUCCGAUCAAUGGCGUUACAACGCACCGCCGAGCACCACUCAGAGGAUCACGACGACGUCGAGAGUGGCGUCUUUCGAGAGGAUCCGAGAGAAACCGUCGUUCCUCCCGACCGUCAAGAUAUCACCGGAAGACGCUGUGAUGACAACGACGACGACGACGACGAGCAAAGCCGAAGACCUCUCGAAGCUGUCGCAAAUGGCGGGCACCGAACGACCGACGACUUCCAUCUACGUGACACCAGUGUCCUCCUCUACUCCUUCCUCAUACCCCACGUCUUCCACCUCGGUAAAGUCCAAGUACAAUUCCACGUACAAUCUGAACUCCGGAGGAUUCCGCAGGAUCACUACGACGCCUAUGACGAUGCGUCCGGAGGUGAUGGACCUGCUCGCCUCGAUCGGACUUCGGCCGGAGAACACCACGAACGUGGAGGAGGUGUUCGUGAAGAAUCAGGAAAACCUGGAGGCCAAGUCCCGGAUUCCCGGCACUAGCGGCUUCUUACAUUCGACCGCUACCGGCCUGACGGCGGUGGUGCCCGACUCGCCGUCGAUAGUCGGGCAAAACACCUUCGAGAACCCGGUCUCGGAGAUCAGGCUGGGCAUGAACAACCUGACGCCCGACGUACAGUUGCUGUUCCAACGAUUCGGCCUGCACACGUCCAACCCGGCGACGACGACCACGACGACCACGCUGAAACCGAUCGUGAACACCAACUCCUACACUAACUUCAAACCCUUGCCAACGUCCAGGAUCAAAGACGAGGAAAUGAAAGAGUUCUUGGCGAGGUUCGGACUUGGCGACAACCGGCAGCGGAAAGCCAUGCCGGUGUCGACGGAACGGCCAUCGGUGAUCGAGGUUGUGCCGAGCCACAUGAGACAGAUCUUGGAGAACAUCGGCCUGAUUUCACGCAGGACGCCGAAAACCACGACGCCCAAGAUGGAGGAAUUAAAGCCGCCGAGGACGACUCCGAACCACGUGUUCAAGCCGCACGAGGUGCGGCUGAAGGACGAGGGGCAGAAGAUGAAGAUCAACGAGCUGCUGGACACGGUCAGACUGGUCCAAGAGGGGAAAGCGAGUGCGAAGGAUGUGCGAAAGGUAGCCAACGACCUGAUAGCGACCACGAAGAGCCUGAAGGACGGCCCGGAUCCGCUGAGUCUCGAGGAGCUCGUCAAGAUUUACAACGAAGACGUGAAGAAGAACGAGGUGAAGAGGCAACAGAGCGCGGACGGGCCCGACGGCAGGGAUCGAGGCCGUGAGAACACCUCGACGACGACCUGGACGACUGCCGAAUCGAUAGACGUUUCCUCGACGACUACCCCGACGACGACGACAACUACCUCGACAACGAUCACGACGGUAACCCCGAGCACCACAGAUUCCGCAAAGGAUGCCUCGGACUCGAUGGACGCGGUCACGCCGUCCCCGGAAUCGACGUCGGCACGUACAAAUCUCGCGGUACUGGAGGAAUCUUUCGGCGGUACCACACGCGCGCCCGAUCCCGUUUUACCGACCAGGCCGAGAAGCGGCUUGUACUUCCUGGUGGAUUGGAACACCUUUCUCGAGGUCGGCGAGGACGACAAGGACAAGGUGAACCUAAGGUUCGAACCGAAAGUCGGCGACAGGUCGAGGUUCUUGCCGGUCACCAUACCGUAAUUUCGCGGG